AUGCAAAGGCAUGACAAGAAUCCUUCUGUGGAAUCUUUUACCCACCCGUUUAUUGAGUGCAGGUCAUGUGACCAUCUCUGCAGCUUGUGGGAGAGGAAUAGAAUUUGCUUGUGCAGUGCAACAAGCCUUAAAGAGGUUUAUUUUUCCUCUGCAAAAGUCCAUGGUCAGGAGAACUGUGGAAAGCUCACAGCAGGAGAUAGUGCUAUUCAUUUGGUCUGGACCUGGUACCUCUUUUGUGAAGUUGAGGAGACUCAGGCGCUCACCAGGGCAGACAAAAAACUCAAGGAAGGAGUCAAGACUGAGAACAAGGAUCAUAUUAACUUGAAGGUGGCGGGGCAGGAUGGUUCAGUGGUGCAGUUGAAGAGUAAGAGGCAAACACCACUUAGUAAACUAAUGAAAACCUAUUGUGAAAGGCAGGGUUUGUCAAAGAGGCAGAUCACAUUCCAAUUUGACAGGCAGCCAAUCAAUGAAACAGACCCAUCUGCACAGCUGGAAAUGGAGGAUGAAGAUACAAUUGAUGUGUUCCAGCGGCAGACAAGAGGUGUCUUCUAAAAAGGGAGCCUGCUACUUUAUUCGAACUCUGUUCCUACAGACCAAGAAUAUGUUCUCAAUUAGAAAACCAUAAUUUGGUUCCACCACACCCUGACUACAACAGUAUAGUUUUCUCUAUUGUUUCACUUUCCCCUUCCUCAUUCCUUUAUCGUGCAUAAAGAAACUGGUGUAUAUGUACAAACGUAUGGCUUAUUAUUACUAUUUUUUUGUACUAAAUGGCCAAUGGUAUGUUUUGAUUGACAUCAAGUGGAGAUGGAAUGGGGAAAAAUAUCGGUUCUAUGAAAAUACCCCCUUUUCUCCAUUAGUGGCAUGUUCAUCCAGCUCUUUAUAUUCAAGUAAGUUAUUUUGCUCUCACUGUUUAACAAAAAAACGACGACAUAAAAAUUCUUUGCAUACCUUGUUCGAUUGGAGAAUUUUAAUGUUUUUCAUUUAUCGUUGUAAAACCAAGGACAAUUUGAUAAUUUUUUGUGUGUGUGUAGCCGUUACAUGUAGGGCAAUCUGUUUUUAAGUAGGGUUAAAUUACUCUAAAAGAAAUGAAUUCUAGAUAGUUUUCCCUUCAAGUCAAGCAUCUUGUUUAAAUAAACUUCUUGUUUAAAAUGAAAAAAAGAAAGAACUAUUCAUACACCUCCCAAGUUCUAGAAGACAAUGUGGGUGAAAUUUGCUAUGUUAAAAAUAUAAUUUCUACAAUAUUAAAUUUGUAUACAAAUUCAUAAGCUUUCAAUUCAUGAAUUGGAGAAUGUCUGGUCUGGAAGUCAGACAAGAGUUCCGAGGUGUGGUGCAAAGCAGAAGGG